UUGUCUUUCUCUUUAUUAUUCCUUUCCAUUUCAAGAAUCUGAAACCCCUUCCUCUCAUUUCUUCUUUUGAACAGCUUCAUUUUCAUUUCAAUAGCAGUCGCCUUCCCAAAUUCGAAAUCUUGUGCUAAAUUCGAUUAUCAUUUCUUUCAAUUUCAAUGGCAAUGGCAGCGAUUUCACCUGAAUCCCAAAUGAAUCAAAGAACAUGGCCGUGUAAAUCGGACGGUGGUCCUCGUUUCACUGCCAUUUCAUUCAUAGGAAAAGCAAAACAUGGCAGGAAGAAUGAUAAUCCAAGAUUAACAAACAACCCCACAAUCUAUAAUUUCCAAAUCAAUCCAAAAAAUCAAGAUUUCGCAGAUUUUUCACAACUUCCUGACGAUGUGCUAUUGAAAAUUGCUGCUAAUUUCACUUUGCCUAAUUUACGUGCGGCUUCACAAGUAUGUAAGUCUUGGUGUGAUGGGUUAAGACCCUUAAGAGAAGCUAUGUUGUGUCUUAAAAAUGGGAAGCGGUUUAAGCAUGGGCGUGGAGGGGUGACACCUAAUUUGAAUAAGGCUCUUGAAUCGUUCCUUAAAGGUGCGGCUCUUGGGUCUACGUUGGCUAUGGUGGAUGCUGGAUUGGUUUAUUGGGAAAUGGGGAGGAAGGAACAAGGGAUUGCUUUUUACAGAAAAGCAGCUGCACUUGGUGAUCCUGCUGGUCAGUGUAAUUUGGGGAUUUGCCUCUUGCAAGCUAACCCUCCGGACAGUGAGGAGGCUAUUAAAUGGCUUUACAAAGCUUCAGUUGCAGGCUAUGUUCGAGCUCAGUACCAACUUGCCCUUUGUUUACAUAAAAAUCGUGGCCCGAGUUGGAAUCUUCGUGAAGCGGUAAGGUGGUUUCUGAAGGCAGCAGAAGGUGGAUAUGUCCGUGCUAUGUACAAUAUAGCAAUGCGCUAUUCAGUUGGAGAAGGUUUAGUUCAAUCUCACAAAUUAGCAAGGAAAUGGAUGAAGAGAGCAGCUGAUCGCGGGCAUAGCAAAGCCCAGUUUGAGCAUGGACUCAGUCUAUUUUCCGAAGGGAACAUGAAGAAAGCUGUUGUAUAUUUGGAGCUUGCCACUCGUGCUGGUGAGACAGCAGCUGAUCACGUCAAGUAUGUUAUACUUCAAGAGAUGUCCACUUCUUGUCGUGAUAGAGCCAUGCUUCUUGCUGAUAAUUGGCGUCCUUUGCCUUCUUCAUCUCGCUGAUUGAGUCUCCUUCUUGUUGUUUUUUCCAGCCUUAAUGCUGCCUAAGCAUAUUUUCUCUAGCAUGCUGCUUUUGAACUUGUUCAAGUACAAAGUGUAAAUAUACAUAGUUUUUCUUGUAAAUAAUAUUUUUCCUUAAAAGUUGCCAUUUCUUUAUGGUUUCUGCUGAAUUUA